AUGUCAGACGAAAGACCAGAGGAUUUCAAGCAAUGCAUUAUUCAAUGGAUAGAAGCUGAUGCGAUUGAAGCAACCAGGAAUGGUUCGAAAAUGGCUGUGUUGUAUAACAAAAUGUUGGGCCAGCUCAGACGCAUAAAAGAGCCAAUCACAGAUACCAAGACACUCAAACAGACAAAAUAUAUUGGUGUCAAAACCGCCGUGAUUCUAAGUAACAGAGUCAUCCAGCUUUGCAAAGCUAACGGUUGGGAACCACCGGUUGGAUUCAUGGAUGAAGCUGAAGCUCAUAAACGAGCUUUGAACAAGGUGGAUCAAUUGGAGGAAGAAAAAGAAGAAGAAGGAGAGACGCGACCAGCUAAAAGAGCACGCACGGCCAGUAGCUAUGUUCCGAAGCAUAGAUCGGGGGCAUUUGCCAUAAUGGUGACUUUGCACUUGAAGGAUCGUGAAGGUACAGGUAUGACUAGAGAGCAGAUUUCCCAACAUGCAGCGCAAUAUAGUGACAAAGCGUUCAGUACAACAGCGACAUCAACAUAUUCAGCAUGGGAUUCUAUGAAAACGUUGAUAAAGAAAGAAUUAGUUUAUGUUACAGGGCGAUCGCCAAAGAUGUACUAUCUAACUGACGAGGGAAAGGAGUUGGCGUCAAAGUUGAAAACUGCUGUGAAUAUUGAAUCUCCGCCCACACAAACCACCGCUGUCGCCAAUAGUUCCUUUGACAAUGGAGUCAGGUUUGAGUCGAGUUUCGAGAAAUCAUCCCCCAUUUUGAAUAGGAGUGUCAAUCUACAGCCUUCUCGUCAAUCAUCGUCCAGGACACAUAAUCCUGCUCACAAUUCAAGACUGGUCUCAGGAGUGUUUUCGUCUACAAAUUUUAUUCACGAUUCUCAAAACAGAGUUUAUGAUGGAACCCCGUAUGAAAUAUGGACCAAAGAUGAAUAUGAAGUGCUUAUAUACAUUGAUAAUCGGGAGAUUAGAGCUAAAGAAGAGCGCGAUUUCUUCCGAAGACAGCUUGAGCUUGCUGGCCUUAAAUGUGAUGUCAAGGCUUUAUCAUGCGGUGACGUUACUUGGGUUGCAAGGCAUUUACGUACUGGCAGGGAGGCAGUUUUGAAUUACCUUUGCGAGAGGAAAAGAAUUGAUGAUUUGAGUGACUCCAUCAAGGAUGGCAGAUUUCAAGAACAAAAAAAUAGGAUGAAGAGAUCAGGUAUGACGCAUUGUUUUUACUUGGUGGAAGAGGUUAGCAUGGUGAAGGAGCGUGCCUAUGCCAUUAUGGAUUCGAUACAAACCGGUAUUGCUCAGACCAUUACUAAUGCUCGCAUAUAUCUACGAAGAUUUAAAGACAUUGACGAGACAACUGAGUUCCUAGCGUCUCUUACGGGUGUCAUCAAGGACAUUCAUGCUCAUAAAAAUUUGGUUGUUCUUCGACCUAGGGACAUUUGCAAUCAGGACCACUACAAUGAAUUGUUGAUGAAUUUUCGUGGAAAGUUUGAAACAAGAGCAAAUUACGAAUGUUGUCACUUAUUUUCCAGUUUUCAAGAAAUGAUGGGAAAGACAACACAAAUGACUGUGAAGGAACUUUUCAUACUAAUGUUGAUGACGAUCAAGGGCUGUUCUUUGGAGAAGGCAAUUGUCGUACAAAAUCGGUUCUCCACUCCAAAAAAAUUGCUUGAUUAUUACCACCAGCAAAAUGCUCAUACUCCGUUGGAGGCAAAGAAACAAUUAAUGGUAGAGGAGUUUAAAACGCAAGUGGGGAACAAGAAAAUUGGGAAAGUGUUGCUGGAGAAAAUUUAUGAUAUAUGGGGGACAUAA